AUGGCUGCACAAAUCCACAAGGCGUUUGAAACUCGCACCUGCGAGUUUCUUACGUUCUCGGGGCUUGCUCCAACCGUGUCCGCCAAAAUUCUCGAAAACCUUCUCUCUCUGAAAGAUCCAAUUGCCCUUGGCUUGAGAAUUAACUUUAUUGCCCCCGACGGGUACCUUCGUAUUGUCAUGGCGAGUCGCCUGCAUGAAACUGCGGUCGCCUUGAUGUGAAUUGAGUUUGGCUUGUGGAUCGGCUACGGCCUCCUUACGCCAAACACUCUCGUCUUGAUAUCCGAUACCUUAAGUAACACCGGACCUUUGCUACAGCCCCCGCGUUAAUGGAGUUAAAACCAAGUUUCCAACUAUCGUCCUGGAAGCGGGGUGGAGCGAGUCGCAGGCCCAGCUAGAACGUGACUGCCAAUUGUGGUUCGAAGGGUCUGGUGGGGCAGUGAAAGUUGUUCUAUGUUUAAAUUAUUCGAGCCGAAUAUAUUCAGUGUUCCCAAGCGUCCAGUCCGUCCGUCCUUGGCUUCGGACGGGACGGACGCCAGUUCCCGGGACCCUGCCCUGGACGGACGCCCGUCCUGGGGUCCGUCCUAAGCUCUGCCCCGGACGCCCGGCCGGGCCCUGCAGGUAUCUCUCUUAUAUGAUUUAUUCCGAAUAUGGUAAGUUUUCAACAAUAAAAUUUACGGAUCCUGUUUGCUACCAUGCAAGUAAUGUGAUAACCAUUCGGACAAAUUUGUCAAAAGAAAAGGGAGAGCUUGGAAUAGGAUGAUUCUGGUACAUCAGGUUACUUAGAUUCUUUCGUAAAAUCUACCAUUAUUUAUUCAUCGUUUCUGUGUUGAAACUAAAACAUUCUGCUCAUUCUUUUGUAAAUACAUCUCUAGUGUGAAACAACCGCUAAUAUUACGAGAUAACCAUCAAUUAGGGAAUAGUGUGCGAAAUACCGAAGGGACUCCAUGGAGGACCCACAACCCGGCAGUCGACCAUGGGGCCCUGCGGGUGGCGACCGUGCCCUACAGAUGACAGCCGGGCCCUGCAGAUGAUCGCCAGCCCCUACGGACGACAGCCGGGCCCUGCGGUUGAAGGUCAGGCCCCCUAGAUGACGCCUUCAGAUGACAGCCGGAAGAUCCCAUUUGGACUAAGACUGCCGGGCCCGGGCGUCACCGCCCAGGGCGGCGGUCUUCAGGAAGGAGGGACGCCGUGCCCUGCCGUCCUUACCCAUCUUGCCCGGGACGGUUGGGAACACUGAAUAUAUUCAAUGAAAUUAAGGCGACUUUAAACAUCUGCCGGGUUGUGGAGGGCGCAAUAGUUCCGGAUACAUUGGCAUGCGCUUCCCUGCCCUACCAUAUCUUUAUCUCUCUUACAUCCUACUAAUCAACCCCCUCAUCCUGCAGGAAAUCUUUCCCCCCCCUCUGAGCCUAUUCACGAUCCAUGUAUCACGGUGGAAGAGCUUUUUGGGGACCGAUCUCCCGUUGGCCUGAAUCCCCAGACUCUUUUUCCGUUGUCUUUGACACGACUUCGCUAUUUAUUUGGACAAGAGAUCCGUAAACAGGGACAUCUCCCUAUGGCCAACUAAGUACACCUAAACUCAUCUCAUACCCUUUGGCCUUGUUUUUAUCUGUUCGCUGCUUGUUGGUCUGAUGGAUAGCAUGGGUUUCAUCUCUUCUCUCGAUCCCUUUGUAUCCCAGUUGAAUUCAUAAUCUUACCCCCAU